AUGCUCAACGUGCUGCUCAUUUUCGACAAGGAAACGGCCGUCCAAAACGGAUCCUUCGACAUGUUUUGCCUUGUAUUCAAACUGAUGAUCACUAUUAACUUUAUCGGGUAAGUGCAAUUAUUCAACUAAUUCCUGCCUGAAAGUCAUGAAUAAAGAUUCAGGAUAUUGUACUACUUAAUGAACGUGUGCAUCGACUACCGUACUCGGACAAAAAUGAACAAUAUCCGACGGAUUCAUCAGUUCAUUUACUUAACUUGUCCAUUCAAUCACGCCGCGUGCAUUGUUCAAAAGCUUAUGAUAAUCUGGGAGUUCGACGGAGGUGAGUACUUUAUGAAGUCUGUAGAUUCUCUUGAUCUUUCAGGCUUCGACACUUCCACAACAACUUUCCAAGUCCUUCAGUUCGUCCGAUUAGUCACCAUAUUUGUCGGUAAGCUCUUCUUGCUCUUUUACUUUCUUCUUCAUCCUAUGUCUUUAUCCAUUCCAGUGUUCAUCUGUCUGCCCGCCUACGCAAUUGAACGUUUGUGUGCCACGUACUUCCACCGUGAUUACGAGGAAAAGGAGCGAUCCUACAUCGGCUACACGAUGGGCUUCCUCACAUAUCUAAUUUCCAUCGUUUCCGUCGUCCUCUGCCUUCAUUGUAAGUGAUGUCAGACUGUUUAACAUCAUCAGAAUUCGUUCAGAUUCUGCUACAUUCUACCCGCUCCUGGCGCUUGUUUUCUGUAAUAUCUUCAGCUACAUUGUAUGUUUCCCCGCCCUUGAAUUCUCUUAUUCAACUGUUUUGUAGGUGAACAUAAUCAACUACAAACUGAACCAAUACUACUACAAGUGCUCACUUCGCAAGAUUUGCACAUAUUCUCUGACGGAAAGGUAUCAGAUCUCAGAGAAUAUUCAGUUUGCCAAGGUGAGUAAUAAUUGGAGUUGUCUGAGCCCAUUGAGACGAGACAACAAGUUAGUCAUUGCGAGACUAGACACCAUUUCACUUCUUCCAGCUCUUCCACAUCUUCUCUCUCACCGUCGCUCUCUUCGCCACCGUCUGCUCUUUCCUCCUUCUUCUCUGCAGUUUUCCGUUCACUUCCUCUCAAAAGAACGUCUUCGUCGUCACCUUCGACGCACUUUUUCUUGUCUUCAUUCUCUACGCUCCUUACGUUCAUUACAAGUAUAAUUCCACGUGGCAACUCGAAUUCAAAAAGUGCAUGAAGCUCGUGAGUGCAAGCUAAUAAAGGACAUCUCUUUUGAUGCUUUGUUUCAGCACAAUUCCGAAGUGCAGUGCUCGAGUACUACGUCCGCAAAACCCAGUUUGCAGUUGAAGACGACGCUCGGCGAACGGAUGAACGUGGGCGGGAAGAAUGUGCAAACGGAUGUGUACUUCAGUCAAUUGGUCAAUUCGUGGAAUACGACUAAGCCUUCCGAGCCUUAA